AGGCUGGCCGCUGCGGGCUGGGGGCGCCCUGGGCUUGCCAUAAAGUGAAUGGGCGCAGGCAACGGGUGGCAGUUCGCAGCGAGGUUCACUCUCCCUCAGCUAGUCCGGGAGCGUCCUAGCGGAGCGGUGGCCUGGGCGCAGGGGGGCGGCCCCCACUCCGGCCGGGUGCCCGGCCGCUGGCCCCUGCCUGCCCUCCAGACUGCGGCCGCCGCCGCAGCCGCCGCUGCCGGGAGUCUGCUUGCUGCUGGACUCACUAGUCUUCUCUCCAUGGAGUUCGGCCUACUCAGCGAGGCGGAGGCCCGGAGCCCGGCCCUGUCGCUGUCAGAAGCGGGUACUCCCCACCCCCCACUCUCAGAACACGGUUGCAAGGGCCAAGAACACAGCGACUCAGAGAAGGCCUCGGCUUCGCUGCCGGGCGGCUCCCCCGAAGACGGCUCGCUGAAGAAGAAGCAGCGGCGGCAGCGCACGCACUUCACCAGCCAGCAGCUGCAAGAGCUGGAGGCUACCUUCCAGAGGAACCGCUACCCUGACAUGAGCACGCGCGAAGAGAUCGCCGUGUGGACCAACCUCACCGAGGCACGCGUGCGGGUGUGGUUCAAGAACCGGCGCGCCAAGUGGCGGAAGCGCGAGCGCAGCCAGCAGGCGGAGCUGUGCAAGGGCGGCUUCGCCGCGCCUCUCGGGGGGCUGGUGCCACCCUACGAAGAGGUGUACCCCGGCUACUCUUACGGCAACUGGCCACCCAAGGCGCUCGGCCCGCCGCUCGCCGCCAAGACCUUCCCCUUUGCCUUCAACUCAGUUAACGUGGGGCCUUUGGCUUCGCAGCCCGUCUUUUCGCCACCCAGCUCCAUCGCUGCCUCCAUGGUGCCCUCGGCCGCGGGCGCCCCAGGCACCGUGCCAGGGCCUGGGGCACUGCAGGGCCUGGGCGGGGGGGCCCCCGGGCUGGCCCCGGCCGCAGUGUCCUCUGGGGCAGUGUCCUGCCCUUACGCCUCUGCCGCCGCAGCUGCUGCAGCAGCCGCUUCCUCUCCCUACGUAUACCGGGACCCGUGUAACUCGAGUCUGGCCAGCUUGAGGCUCAAGGCCAAACAGCACGCCUCCUUUAGCUACCCCACGGUACCCGGGCCGCCCCCGGCAGCCAACCUCAGCCCGUGUCAGUACGCCGUGGAAAGGCCCGUAUGAGUGAGUGGCCCAGCCUGUCGGUCAUCCCCAAGGGCGAGGUCGAUCAUUCACAGCCUCCCUGGACUGGUUGUCUUGACUGGCUCGACCCCGCCCCGGUCCGAGAGCGACGCUGGGGCAGCUGGGGGGAGGGAGG